ACAAAAGUAGGGUAUCCAAAGAGGUUCAUAGAAGAAGGCACGGCCUUUUCUUUAUCUCUCGGAUUGGGAUUUUUCUUCGCCGUAAUCAUAUUUACAAGGAGUUAAUUUAAAUUUGUAAAAAUGGGUGAAACUGGGAAGCGAUCUCGUUCCCAGAGGGGCCAUGAUGACAACAAGAAUCAGAAGAGACGGGUGAACGAAAAAGAUGACAAAGGGAAAGAUGAACUGGUUAUUUAUAGAAUACUAUGCCCAGAUGGGGUUAUUGGAAGUGUCAUUGGUAAGAGUGGGAAAGUGAUAAAUUCGAUUAGGCAAGAGACGCGGGCGAAAGUGAAGGUUGUGGAUCCAUAUCCAGGUGCUAAGGACCGAGUUAUAACCAUCUACAGCUAUGUUAAGGAGAAGGAAGAGGUUGAGGUUGACGAUGAGUUCAGUGACAGGGAACCUUUAUGCGCUGCUCAGGAUGCACUUCUCAAAGUUCAUGCUGCCAUUGCAAAUGCUGUGGGUACUGUAGGAGAUUCUGACAAGAAGCGGAAAGAUAAGGAGGAAUGUCAAAUUCUUGUUCCGUCCAGCCAGUCUGCAAAUAUUAUUGGUAAGGCUGGGGCCACAAUAAAGAAACUGAGAAGCAAGACGAGAACUAACAUUAAGGUCUCAGCCAAGGAUGCCACUGACCCAACUCAUUCAUGCGCUAUGGACUUCGACAAUUUUCUCCAGAUUAGUGGUGACUCAGACUCCGUGAAGAAAGCACUGUUUGCUGUUUCUGCCAUUAUGUACAAGUUUACUCCUAGAGAAGAGAUUCCUCUUGAGACGACUGUACCAGAAGCUCCUCCAAGCAUUAUCAUCCCAUCAGAUGUCCCUAUUUAUCCACCUGGGGGACUAUAUCAAAGUGCAGAUCCUAUCAUCCCUCCUAGAUCUGUUCCUCAAAUAAUAGGUGCUACAAAUGUACAGGAUCUCCAGGGUUAUGCAGAUACGGGAAAUACAUGGCCUAUUUAUUCAUCCGCCCUUCCCAUGGUGUCUGGGUUUGGUGGUGCCUCACAGUCUGAGGAGUUAGCUGUAAGAGUAUUAUGUCCCUUUGACAAGAUUGGGCGUGUCAUUGGCAAGGGUGGGGGUACUAUCAAAAGUGUAAGACAGGCUAGUGGUGCUCGUAUUGAGGUGGAUGAUACCAAGAAUGAUCGUAAUGAGUGUAUCAUCACGAUUACUGCAACAGAGUCGCCCGAUGAUUUGAAAUCCAUGGCGGUUGAAGCUGUUCUAUUGCUGCAAGCAAAGAUUAAUGAUGAAGAUGAUGACACUGUUAGUAUUAGACUCCUUGUUCCAUCCAAGGUCAUUGGUUGUAUCAUUGGAAAAAGCGGCUCUAUUAUAAAUGAGAUCCGUAAAAGGACUAAAGCUGAUGUCCGUAUCUCGAAAGGCGAGAAGCCCAAGUGUGCUGAUGUAAAUGAUGAACUUGUUGAGGUGCUUGGAGAAGUUAGUAGCGUAAGAGAUGCGCUUAUCCAGAUUGUUUUAAGGCUCCGCGAUGAUGUCUUGAAAGAUAGGGAUAGUGGCCGCAAUCCUAAUGUUGGUGCUGAUUCUCUUUUCUCAACUGGUCUCUCAGUACCAUCUGUCUUGCCUUCUAUUCCCCCUGUUGCUUCAAUGGGAUAUGAUCAGAGGGUUGAAAGUGGAAGUGGCUUGGGCAUGCUUUCUUCGGGCAGCCUCUAUGGAUAUGGAUCUUUGUCGAUGGGUGACAAUGGCUAUGGAUCAAUGCCUACAUAUUCAUCCAAGCUGUAUGGAGGGUUGCCUGCCCCUUCAACUGUUGAGAUUUUGGUCCCUGCUAAUGCAGUGGGUAAAGUGAUGGGUAAAGGAGGGGCCAAUAUUGCCAACAUUCGGAAGAUAUCGGGUGCAAUGGUAGAGAUUUCUGAUUCCAAAUCUUCCCGGGGUGAUCGUAUUGCUCUUAUAUCAGGCACUCCUGAUCAAAAGCGUGCAGCGGGACACUUGAUUCAGGCAUUUAUAAUGUCCGUUUGACUUUCAAGGAUGCUUCUAGGUAGAAGGUGAAUAGUUAAAAUCUUGGAAUUUUCUCCGUCAUGGUUCCUCUCCUUAGUUCCUUUAGGUUUGGUUCUGGAGAGGGCUUCAUUUCUAGGCUUCCUCAACUGGACUUCUCCUGUUCUUCCAUAGCAGUGCUAUCAAGAUCAUCCAGGAAGAUUUGCUGCUGGCUUUAUGUUUAGUGAUAUAGGCUUCCUUCUUUGUCUCUUCAUCUAUUCUUCAUCAGCAAUAUCUUAGAACUGUUAGGAUCUUUCUUUCCUUUCCUGUUAUUUUGUCUGGCGAUGUCUUUGACGAAUUUGUAGUCCAUCUUAUUUCCAAUGCUAUCAUACUCUAUGAAUUUGAUGUUCAUGUCAGGUAAUAGUUCCGCAGA